AUGUUAUCUUCCCGGCUGGCCGAAUGCUACAUGGCGAGCGAGGUCCAUUUUACAGGCCCCAUGAAACUCUCUGGGACCGUGUCCCGGGGUUCGAGGGCUGCCCUAGCCCUCCCUCUUCAGGACAAACCCAAGCCAGCCUCUCAGCCUCCCCUCAAGCCACAAUCCCGGCCCUCACCAGUACCAACUGGACCCAAACCAGCCCAAGUUGGGUGUACCCAGCAGCCUGGAGCCACGCCAAGCCCCGCUCCGCAUUUGGGACCAGAUGGCGCUGGGGCCUUCCCUGUUUCCGUGGAGCUGCAGGGCGGCUGGAACGUUUGUGACAAACGUUGCUAUGGAGACGGAGACGCUGAGAAGCUGAGCGUUCUAUCCGGCUCCUUCAACGUUUGUCACAAACGUUCCAGCCGCCCGCAGCCCGCGGAAACAGGCCCCGCGCACCAUGUCCCAAAUGCGGAGCGGGGCAUGGCGGGCUCCGGGCUGCUGGUGCCCAGACGUCGGGAAGACUGGUGGCUGACCAGCAGUGGCGUGGGGCUCGAUUACAGACCCCCGUUGCCCUUCCCACCCCCAUUUGCACGGUCCACGAUCCACGAGCCGUUGCCCCCUGCCUCUCAGAAAAUAUGGCAAGACGAGGUCAUUCCACGGCUGGCGACCACGAAGCAACUGGCCCACAGCCCGAAAACCCUUGGGGGGGCUCUGGCUCAGCCACGCCACUCUGUGGCUGCCCUGCACUGGACCGUCCACUACAACAAAGAUUUGAGAGAGAAGCUGCAGCAGAGGGCAUGGAGAUUCCCACUGACCAUGGCUAACCAACAGAGUGAGAUGAGGGACCGCUACCCCGGCUGGCCCAAUCUGCCACACUACCCGGCCUUCCAUGCUGGACCACAACCCUUUGGGUUGGCCGCUCACCACACAGAGGGGGCAUCUAAGUCUAUCGUGCCCAGCACCAGGAACGAAGAGCUGGCAGGAACGCCCUUCUACAUCCGCGACAAAGCUGUCUUGCGGCUCAACGACCCCUACGUGUCCAUCACCGCCCAGGAUUUCCGACCCUUCACACAGUAG